AUGUGUUUUAAAUAUUCUAUGAUUAUUGUGUUAGUUUUAAUUUUAAAUACUGUUAUAAAUGGUGAUUAUGUGAGUGAUGAUUUCGAAUUAAAACAGUUUUUUCGACAAACUGAAUGUCAAUUUUCGUGUCAACAGAAAUAUUCUUAUCAAAAUUGUAUAAAAGAAAAUAUUCCAGCAAAUACAAGCGAUGUCGACUGUCAAUACAAAUGUAAUAAAAAUCCAAUUUGUAUGCAAAUGUGUAUAUGUUUAAAUACAAAAGUGACGAAACGGAAAUUUACUGAAUUUAAAAAUGAAGAAUUUUUACCAAAAUUACACUGUCGUUCAGAAACAACAUUAGUCUUUAAAUGGCCGACAGAAUCUGAUUCCAAUAACGUUGUAUUAAGAUUACAACAUAAAAACAGUAAUUGGAAUAAAGCUUCUAUGACAAAUAAAAAUAUAACUACAUUUACAAAUUUGUUACCAAACAAUAGUUACAAAUUACAAUUGUAUAAAUUUACUGAAAACGGAUGGACGAAUAUAUCUAGUAAUUGGACAGAAACAUUACCAUACGAUUAUACUUUACAAGCAAUAACGAAUAUUACAUUAAAAAAUUUAUCUUUGCAAAAUGACAAUCAUUCGUAUAAAGCUGAAUUGGAAUGGAUACCAGCUGAAGAUAUGGUCUGCUUUUAUGAUAUCGUGUGGUGGACCCAUAGUGAAAAAUAUAAUCAAGGAGAAAUUAGUAAGCCUGAAGAAUUGUAUAGUGUAGAACUGACUGACUUGGAAUUCGGAAAAAAUUGCUCAGUAGCUAUAAUUGCAGUAUCAGAAGAUCAUGAAAAAGAAAGUGAUAAGAAGUGGAUAAAUUUUCCCAUACCUACUUGUCUUGAAACUUUUCAAAAUUUGUCUAUUUGUGAACCACCAAUACCAACUGGCUUAAAAGCUGAAGAAACAAUAAUUAAAUUAGAGAAUUUAGAUGAUGGGAUAUUUCCUGUUUGUGAUGUAUCUAUUAAUUGGGAUGUACCAGAAUUGGAACCUGAAGAAUACACUUUACAAUUAUUGCCAAUUUCAGAAAAUGGAAACUUAACACGUGUAUACAACUUAUCCGGGAAUUCAUCUAAUUUAAAAAUUGAAAAUAUUCCAUUGACGAAUCAUUAUCAAAUCACUUUAAAAGCAAUUUCAAAAGGAGGUAGUAGCGAGGAAGCAAGUUUAUACAGAGAAAUAUCAUAUUACGCCUCAGACGGAAUUCCAAUAUCUCGUGCUAAUUACACCAUCUUAAUAAUAAUUUGCAUUAUUACACCAAUAAUUUCAUUAGCUGUUAUUUAUGCAAUUGUUAUAAAUAAACGUGCUCGAAAGAAACUUGAUCGCUGUGAAUAUUUUGAGGAGAUCGACCAAAAAACUACCAAACAAAAUCUCACAAUUACAAAUGAUCCCACAUCAUCCUGUGAUGAAUUUGAAGAGUAUUGUUCGUUUGAGAUACAACGUGAUCGUGUAGUCUUAGAUCGAAUUAUUGGUGAAGGAGCAUUUGGUGUUGUCCGACAUGGAUGGCUACUACCACACAAACAAGAAAUUGCUGUGAAAAUGUUGAAAGAAAGUGCAAGUCCAGAAGACAUUCGUCAACUAAAACAAGAAAUACAAAUGAUGAAAACUGUUGGUAGCCAUACACAUCUUGUAUCAAUGAUUGGCUGUUGUACACAAGGAAAUUCCAAUAAAACUAUGCUACUGGUGGAAUAUUGUGCGUUAGGUGAUUUACUUGGAUAUUUACAUCGCAGUUGGAAUGCAAUUCAACAAUGUUCAACACCAGAUCCGGCUUUGUACAGUCGUAACUUUUUUAGAAAUUCAAAAGAUUUUAACUUGAAAAUAAAUGAAAUAUAUGGUCUUGAAGAAUACAAUAAUGCAAUUUUAACCCCCACUGAUUUGUUAUCAUUUGCAAGACAAAUUGUUAUAGGAAUGGAAUAUCUAGCAAGCAAUCGAAUUGUUCAUCGUGAUUUGGCAGCAAGAAAUGUAUUGCUAACAGCAGAUAAAACAUUAAAAAUAGCCGAUUUUGGAUUAAGUAGAGAUAUUUAUCAAGAAAACAUCUACCGUAAAACUGGCAAUGGAAAGUUACCAAUAAAAUGGAUGGCGUUGGAAUCAUUAACGCAUCAAAUUUACACAUCGCAAAGUGAUGUAUGGUCUUUUGGUAUUGUAUUAUGGGAAAUAGUUACACUUGGUGGAAAUCCAUACCCAAGUACACCGACCAAUCGACUAUUACAUUUACUCAAGUCUGGAUACAGAAUGGAAUGUCCAUCAAAUUGUAGUCAAGAAAUUUAUUCAAUAAUGCGAUCAUGUUGGGAAUUGCAACCAAAAGAACGUCCUACAUUUGCUAAAUUACGUGAAGUAUUAGAUGGAUUAUUAGAAAAUAACACUCCAGCAAAGUAUUUGAAUUUAAAUCAAUUAUCAAAAGCUGAAUAUUUAAGGACCUACGACGUUUUAGAUUCAUUAACAGAUAGUAAUACCGAAGAAGUAGUACCAAAUACAACUACACCAGCUUUUAGUAAUUUAACAUAUGAGUGCAAUCAAUUUAUGAAUAGUUCCUAUGGAUAAUUACUACCUUUUUACAAUUUACAUUAUUAUUAGAGAUAAAUUAAAUUUAUCCCAAAGAUAUUAAUAUUUAAUGCCAGUAUAAAUACCUAAAAUAUCGCUCAAAUUUAUCCAAAAAAAUAUAUGAAGUGCAAUAAACAAUUUUACGUAAGAAUCUCAAAGAGUGUAAGCCAUUGCGAAAAGUAGAAGAUCUUGUUAACUUGGUGAAGGUAUGAAAUAAAUUUUGAGGGCCAAAUAAGGACCAAAAGUAUCGAGACUAACUUGAUCUAAACCAACUCAACCAAAAUAUUAUCGAAUGUAGCAAGUUCCAAAAAAUUGCAAUUGUGUAAAGAUGUGAAAUCGCAAUGCUACGGAAAUUGUAAUCUUCCCGUUGACUUAAAUAAGAGUGACCUCAUGUUUUAUUUACAUCCGAAAAGUACAACUGCCUACCGUUAUUUAAAGUAAAACUUUCGAAAAAAACUCGUUGGUGUAAGAUAAUUAAUUUAAUAACUAAAAG